AUGGCAUUCAGACUUGGGCAAAGACGACUGAGUUUGGAAGCGAGGUUGGAUCUAGCGAAAGAAGUUAAUCUCUCACACCAUAACAAGCCAAGGAGUUCUCGGAAACACAAUGAAGUAAGAGUCAUCCGGGGCAUGAGAGAUGGUGUGAAUCCAAAUAACAAAAUCUAUGUCUAUGAUGGUCUUUAUAAAAUCCAAGAUUCAUGGAUAGAAAAAGCAAAAGGUGGUGGUGGUGGUGUAUUUAAGUAUAAGUUGGUGAGAAUGGCUGGUCAAUCUAGUGCCUUUGCUGUUUGGAAAUCAAUUCAGAAGUGGAAAUCUGGCACCCCUUCAAGGACCUUUCCAAUGGAGAUGAGGGUAUUCCUGUAUCACUUGUCAGUGAGGUCGAUAACUGCUCUUGCAUUAGGAGAAAUGAAGGUGAUUUCCCAUACACUGGCAGCGCGAAUAGAAGUUGUUGACAGAGCCAAGGUAAGUCAUCUUGUGAGGGAAGGAGAUGAGUAUGUUUUUGAUACAACCCGUAUUUAUGGUCAAUUCAAGUGGAAUUAUGAGCCUAGGCUUUUGGAUGAAGUCGAUCCCAAUGACUCUACUAAUGAUUAUGCCAUGCCAUAUCCUUUAAUUAUAAGGGCCAAGAAUAUUGGGAAUGUAGCUAGAUUUAUGAAUCAUAGUUGCUCCCCAAAUGUUUUCUGGCAGCCUGUCGUGUAUGAAGAAAACAACCAAUCCUACUUCCAUGUUGCAUUUUUUGCACUCAGACACAUUCCACCAAUGACAGAGUUAACAUAUGACUAUGGAAUUGCCCAGUCAGAUCAUGCUGAGGGUAGCAGCAGUGCAGAAACCAAAGGGAGAAAGAAAUGCUUAUGCGGAUCAUCAAGAUGCUGCGGUUCUUUUGGUUAAAGUUGCUCAAGACCAGCAUGGUACUAGCAAAUGCUUUCCUGGCUAAAAAGGUUUUGAGAUCUCUUUCAU